CCGGCCAUGACUAUUGUUUACUAUAUUAGUGUUGUUGGAGCAGUUAUAGAAUACGUUCAUCUGCGAAACACUCUCACUGAAUGUUGACUCAAGUGGUUGGGACGACUUGAGUACUUGAUGCCUUGAUGGAAUAUGAAAGGUAAGAAAAUUGGUCAUUGGUCUGCCUCGCACAUUUUAGAGUGGGAGUUACGUUUUGCUUACUUUUUUUUCCUGUGAAGACUUGCUUUUCCUAGUCGUUAAAAAAUCAUAAUUUAAUGUAUCUUUUCAAAGUGUAUACUCCUUUCGUGUUCGUUGAAUUUUUUAAUUUUGGUACAUUCUACUUAAUUUGCAUUAUUUUUAUUUUUGGUAAUAGUCAAUUACUUUCUUUUAAUCUCCUUUAUUAUUUUUUUUAAUUUAAUUUACACAAUUUAUUUUCUUUUUCCGUUUAUUAUCACUUUCUUAAAAUUUAUCCUUUUUCGCUUUAAUGCAAAUCUAAUAGACAAAUGACUACUAUCUUUAAUCUACUUAUAUAAUUGGUUUUGUUGACUCAACUGCGUGAGAAGACUUGCUAAAAUGCGUUUAUACUCUAUCUCCAUUCUAGGUGGAUUUAGAGCAAAGAGAAAUGUUAAAUUUUUAAUAAAAAAAGUGAAUAAAAUAAAAAAAAAAGAAUAAAAUGUGUGAAUGAAAUUAAAAGAAAAUUAAAAUGUAUAGAUGAAAUUAAAUAUCUUCAAUGUUAUAUUACAAUGAUUUAGUGAUAUAAUGAUUUAGUGAUAUAGAAUGAGUAUUUAUAUACUUAAAAUACAAAUAAAAAAACUUAAUAAGUUGCGUGCAAAAGCAACAUCUAAAUUAUAAUAUAGGCAAAAACAGGCAGAAGCUCGAGUGCAGAGAUAGAGCAUCCGCUCAAUCUGAUCAAGCAAACAUUUUGCUCGAUCAAGCGGAUUACAACUCAGAUAUUAAUUAAUUUUUUAUUUUUUAUUUUUUUUUUUAUUUUUUUUAAUCUUUGUGCACAUAUGUUUUCUUGAUCUACCAUGGGCAUCAACCCCAUCAUAACACCAUACCAACAAUCAUCACAUAUGACAUCUAGAUUUGAGUUAUUUGAGUCACACCAUCACCAAUUACAAUACAAAAUUAAAUAGAGAAUUUUAAAUUAUUAAGCCUAAAAAUAACAAGGGCAUAAUAAACCACAUAUUUAAUCCUUUUUCUUUGUUUGUCAUCCUCUCUUAAUAUCCAUCUCUCUCUAAAAGGAAAAUAACAUAAUUAGCUCUUAAAAAAUGCAUUCUAUAAUUGACAAAUUUACUCGAUUUUCCCAUAAAGAAGGAGAAACAAAAAGGAACAAAAUAGAGGGAGGCCCAAGGGAAGACCUUCAACUUUAACUUCUUUCUUGAAUCCCAGCUUCAAAGCUGAUAUGGGAAGAGAGGUUACAGGGGUAAGAGUAGACAACAUUAAAUCCAUAAAUGCAAAAGUUAAGGCAAAAGUUUCAGAAGAUUCAGAAAAGGAGGCAAAUUCCAUUGAAUUAAAGGACUGUGAGGUGAAGGAGUGCACUUUUGCAGAAAUUAGUAGUGAAAAGCAACAAGUUUUGGGUACUAAAAUUCCAAAUUUUGAGACUGAAAUUAUAAAAAUUGAGGAUCAGAAAUUGAAUUCUGAUAAAAAUCCAUCUGGGAAAUUGAAGAUGAAGAAUACAACCCAAAAAAGUUGUGAUGUGACAGUUGAUAGUCAUGUUUGGGAGAGUCCUAAAGCUGUUAAAACUCCUAUUUCUCCUAAUCCUUGCAAUUCUAAGUGUCCUAGCUCUACCCAAAAAUCACAGCGAAGUACUCCGCUUGUAGCAAGGAAGCCUACGGAUGAUGAAGACAAUUGGUCCAUGACAUCUUCAACACGAACUACGAGAUCCCGAACCACAGUUGCUGUAGCUCCAACAUUUACCUGCACCGAACGUUUAGAGAAACGAAAGGAGUACUAUGCAAAAUUGGAGGAGAAACGCAAGGCUUUAGAAGCAGAGAAACGGGAGUCUGAAGCAAGGACUAAGGAAGAUGAAGAAGCAGCUAUAAAGCAGCUUAGGAAGAGCAUGGUUUUCAGGGCUAAUCCUGUUCCCAGUUUUUACUAUGAGAAACCUCCACCCAAAAAAGAGCUCAAGAAGCUUCCUACUACUCGUGCUGUAUCACCUAAACUUGGACGGAGAAAGAGCUGCAGUGAUGCAGUUUGCUCUACUUCCGAGGACAAUAAUUGUGUGCGAGCAUCAAGGCGCAGCAGCUUAGGCAGUCAGAGCCUACGAGGAAGCUCAACCCCGACUAGCAUCCCCAAGAAGACGAAUCCUCUAGCUAAGGAUCGGUUUAAACAAGUGAAGGACACUACCAAAAACGCUCCUCUUAAGGUGACAAAGUCGACCAACCCAAAUAUUUUUGUUCGAUCCUGAUCAUAAUUGAUCGGUACUCGAUAGGGCUUAACUCAUCGUGUUGCGUGGGUUAAAGUUUCGGAAUAUCUUGGCUUUUAGCAUCUUUUUGGUGCUUUUUUCGUGUAGGUACCGGGAAAGGAAAGGCCGAAAGAACCUUACAAGGGAAAAGAAAAUGACCUUUCUCCUGUCAUUUGGAUUCAACCUUGAUUUUUCUCUAGUGACUCUUUUUAGUGUAUUCUUUUGGAUGAGUUGUGUUGUAUAUUUGUGUAACUUAUGUUAGUACAUAAUGUAUACCAUUAUAGAGUCACCAAGUCCUUGUAUUUCACUUGUUUGAUUGUGGGAUUAAUGGCCAAUGUGAUCUAACUUUGUGUUUAUAUACCGGUUGUGUUUAUAAAUGAUGUUUUAGUUCACUUUUGGCUUUUAGGUUAGCCAACAGUUUAAAAAAUGUUUGAUGACUAGUGUCUUUUAGCCAGCUAAAAAGCCGGCUUUCAAGCCAAAACCAUGAAAACGGUCAACAACUUAUUUUUAUUAAUUACUUCUUCUGUUCUUUUGAAUUUGCACCAUACAACUCAAAUAUAUGAGUUUUUGAGUCAUAUGAUGCAAACUCAAAGGGAACAGAGAAAUCUAUGUAACAACUGACUCAAAUUGUUGGCUUAUUUUAGCCAAUACAUCUAGUUGGUCAAACUAAUAAACAGUCAUUUGUCAGACAGACU